AUGCUGUACUGUUGUGGAAGCAAGGACAAGGAGAAGCAGCGCUCCGACGCUGCAGAGGUGUCGAUAAUUCUACAGAGAGAAAAACCGAAAGAACCGAGAAAGCGCACCUCAACCACUGGAAAUGUACGGAAUAGCGGGAAUACCCUAGUUUCUACCGCCCUCUGGCGUACUCCAGCCCAGUUCAGUAAUCCGGUGAGGUGCCUGGUUUGGGGAGUCGAUUCAACAGGGGUGUGCUGAGCUUUGACUCCCCCCAGCGGAGACGAGGCCAACGGGCCCCGAAACUAGGGCAAAUAGGACGGUCGAAGAGAGGUGAGUGCAGCAGAUGAAGCAAGCAAAAGAUGAGGAACGAGAAUUGAGACGAAAGAAACUGAUCGGCAUAUGACUAAAAUAUAGUCUGACCAGACUAUGAACUUAGUUUAAUUGUUUGAUUCUACAGAAUCAGAUGACCAAUGUAUGUUGAUAAUAACAGUAUUUUUCCCCCGUACUUUAAUAUAUUCCUUUUACAGUGGUGAUAGAGGAUGAGGACUUGGAUGACGUCAUGAACAACAAUGGCCUCCCAAUAUCAGUCGAUAUCUCUCCUGUUGCCUGA